UACGCAGAGGGUUGUCUCACCUGCUGAAACGCACUUCACCAUUCAGCACUACAGAGCCCUCUUCCGCGCUCCCCUCCAAUUAAUAAACACGCCUGCGAGGUCAGCGCUUCGUUUCGCUUCUUCGGGGUUGUUUUGUUUUGUCUUCUGCUCCAUUUUGAUGCGACGAGCUUGGUUAUCCUAUCAUGACCCCAGCGUAUGGAUCGUCUUUGCCCGAGUAGGCGAACAAAGCGCAUCAAGUCUCUCCAGAGAGGUGCCUCCCCCCCAAAAUCUCGGAUUUUUCUCUGUAAGUAGGCUACUCGGGAUAGCCAUUUGGCAUUUAUCGGCUGUUUUUCUUGUUGUAAAGCUGCCUUGUAUCUAAUUCACUUGGAAAGAACUCGCUAUUAAAGAUGGAUACGCUAUUUCUUAGUCCGACGGAUAGGCAUUUAAUUUAGGGAACACCCGAUCCCACUGUUGGACAAAAAAUAAUGGGAAGAUUUUGGAUAGCGCUGGACACCUUAUUGGUUUCCUGGGAGUAGAACAGGCCCGUGUCGAUGCUCGAAAGCAAAAGAAAAAAGAAAAAAAAAGCUCACCACUGCAGACUACAUCCAAAUACUUCAUUUCCAAAGGCGUGAAUUGCUAUAUGUCAAAAACACAUCUGUGCGCUGAUAAAAUAUACUGACAAGCACAUUACGAACAAAAACUAUGGAGCACACUGGGAUCGAGGAGGUGAACCAGACGCACCAGCAGCAGCAUGAACCCAUCAGCUUCGGCAUCGACCAGAUCCUCAACAGCUCGGACCAGUCCAGCGGCUGCAUGCUGCCCAACCGGACCGGUGACCCGGAUUACGCGCUGGCCUCUAAUGUCUACAGCAACGGGUACAACAGCGUCUACAACCCGGCCUGCUCCAUGGCAGCAGCGGCGGGUUUGGCCGGCUCCUAUAAUGUCAACAUGAACAUGAACGUCAGUAUGAACAUGAACAUGAACGUUAACGUGAACUCUGGAGGCGCAGGUGGGGUAAUUCGGGUGCCGGCGCACAGACCCAUGCCGCCUCCGCCACCGCCUCCCGCCGCUGCUGCUCCUCAUCCACCCCCUUCGACGCAUCCACCGGGCAUCGGACCCGGCAUCCCCUCGGUGCCAGGGAUGGGAAUGGGGAAUGCAGCGAACUUCACAUUUCCGUGGAUGGAAAGCAGCAGAAGAUUCGCCAAGGACAGAUUAACAGGGGAGCAGGCAGAGGAGAGCCGAGCCGGAGAGGCCACAGGGGGGCCGGGGGCCACCGGAUCCCUCUGUCCUCUCCCCAAGGGAGACAUCGGCAGGGUCCCUGUCUGGAGCACGGUGGAGACAUUAGCCAAAUGUUAUUACCCCGAGCUUGCCCACCUGCGAGACGGCAAUGGCCUUCUAGCAGACUAUCCUUUUCCAAAGGGUGCUUGCCCAGCUGCCCUCUCGCCCUUUUCUGUGACCCGUCGAAUCGGCCACCCGUACCAGAACCGGACGCCACCUAAGAGGAAAAAGCCUCGCACCUCCUUCAGCCGGGUGCAGAUCUGUGAGCUGGAGAAACGUUUUCACCGACAGAAGUACCUGGCAUCGGCCGAGCGUGCCACCCUGGCCAAGGCGCUGAAGAUGACGGAUGCACAAGUUAAGACCUGGUUUCAAAACAGGCGGACAAAAUGGCGGAGACAGACUGCGGAGGAGAGGGAGGCUGAGAGGCAGCAGGCCAACCGGCUGAUGUUGCAGCUUCAGCAGGAAGCUUUCCAGAAGACGUUGAGCCAGCCACUGCAGCCGGACCCACUCUGCCUGCACAACUCCUCCCUCUACGCCCUGCAGAACCUGCAGCCCUGGGCAGAAGACAAUAAGCUGUCGGUCUAAAAGAGAAGAGGGCACUUUAUCCCUAAGUGCCAGGAAACAAAUGGACACCUCUGUACAUGCCCAACUGUCAAGACUGUACCCUCUUUUGCCUCUGGAUCCCUCACAAGGUGGCAGAGAGACUCUCUGCCAAUAAUGGCAAAAAGAGACCUCAUGUUUUCGCUUUUGACUUUGUACAAUGUAGUAAAUGCAUGUUUCAACCCUUUUCUGUGUGCACUCGGAUGUACCAUUGAAGUCAGCGGCUGCCAAGGUGGAUCUCCUCCCCAACCGCAGUGUUCAAAUGGUAGUGGAUUGGUGAAAGCCCUGAUUACGGAUUCCUCAUUAUGUUGAAUUUAAAGGUGUUUUAUAUUAAAUAAUAUUGUGACUUUUUGAAAAGAU